CGAUUUAAACGAAUUGGGGGGCCGGCAGUUGGUGGGGUGGAGUUGUAAACGUGAACUUUCACACGUACGCAUGAAUACAAAGCGGACAGUGAAAAGUGGCAAAGACCACACGAAAAAUGUUCGUUCUUGGGGUUUGCUCAUUUGCUUGCUUGGCGCUAUCACUGACCUUAGGUGAAGAGACGCACGAUGGAGUUUGGCAGUGUACCGGUGCGGUCGACAGCCAGUGUUCUAAACCAUACGGAGUAGAUCUUGGAACCACAGAUUCAGAGGUGUCUUAUGAGCAGCUGAAAGCCAUUUUGUCCGGUGGCAAUGUCCAACUGUUUGAUGUCCGUGAUCCAGAUGAGUUUAUUGACGGGAGGAUUCCAGGUUCUGUAAACCUCCCACUUGGAGAACUCCAGGAGGAUUUGAGACUGAGCCCAGGUCAGUUUCAUCAGAUGUUUGGAGUAUCACCUCCUCAGAAGGAUGACACCAACAUUGUGCUCUAUUGCCAAAGAGGGCGUCGGAGUGCAAGCGCGCUUAACACAAUGUCGGGUCUGGGCUUUAACAGGGUUCGUCAUUAUGCUGGAGGGUACGCUGAUUGGGUCCAGCGUGAACAGCAGUGAAGAUCCGCUUGAAAACAUCCAUAGAAUUCCAUCCAUAUGCUGUGAAAUGUACUGAACUACUUGAGACAAAGGCAGCAGGGAUUCAGUUGAAGAAAUGACAAAUGUCCAGGCAGGAUCAUUUUGCAAAGACCAAGUCAUAUUCUUUUAGCUGUCUCAGGAAUGAGAAAUACUGUAGGCCUGCAAUACAUUCCCAAGAAAUCUUACUCAUAUUUCUUACCCUAAAAGCUUUUGGGUAGGUUCAACAAGGUUCAAUACUUUUUCUGCUAACCAAUGAAAUACCGGGAAGUGAUGACAGUAUGA